CCUCAAACAAGAACCGCCCCAAGUCAAAACCCGAAACCCCUUCUCACUGAAAGGGUAUCAAACGGAGAAGAUAUUGAACCGGAACUGGCUUUUCUUUCCCACCUUCUCUUCCUCUCUCCGGCGAUCCUGGCUGCCGCCUCUCCGCAUCCAGACAUGGAAGAGAGCGAAGGUAGGUUAUCGAAGCCAGUAGCGGUGAUUGCUUGCAUCGCUAUGACACUGUUUUAUGUUGCGAUUCUUUAUGCUCCUACUCUGAUCCUCCGCCUCCCGCCUCCCCAAUCCUACGAGAAUUUCAUGAUCCGACGGUUCAUUUGCGCCGCCGUUUGCUCCGUCGCGUCCGUUAUUUUCUGCGCUCUCGUCCUUCCGAUAACAAGUGGGGAGGCAUCUUACUCGUUUGGGGUUUAUGGUAUUCGAUCGGACCAUUUUUGGCAAGCAAUGGUCUUUCCUCUUUUCUUGACUUCUCUUAUGUAUGCUGGAUCUUUGAUGCUCAAGUCCAUGUUAUUGGUAAAUAAGUGGAAGGAGCAUAGACAUCAAGCGGGAGAGCCACUGUUAGGUUGUAUAAAAAGUACCCUUCUUAGCCUCCCGGGCCAGAUGUCUUCAGUAGCUUCCAAUGUUUUAUUCUGGAGGAAUUUUAUCGUGGCACCAGUAACGGAGGAGUUGGUGUUUAGAGCAUGUAUGAUUCCAUUACUUCUUUGUGGGGGAUUUAAAGCAUACAAUGCCAUUUUUCUCUGCCCUACUUUCUUCAGUUUAGCACAUUUGAACCAUAUGAUGGAGAUCUACAGCCGACAUAACUAUAGCUUGCUUAAAGCCUCCUUGGUUGUAGGUCUCCAGCUUGGCUACACUGUGGUCUUCGGUUCAUACGCUUCAUUUCUCUUCAUUCGAACGGGAAACAUUGUCGCUCCUUUAGUUGCCCAUGCAUUUUGCAAUUAUAUGGGAUUGCCGGUGCUGUUUGUACAUGGGAAAGGGCCAGUUAGCAUCGCAUUCGUAGCUGGAAUGGUAUCAUUUGUGUGGCUUUUGUUUCCUAUAACACAGCCCGACCUCUACAAUGAGAAUACCAAUAAUUGCAGAUGUUGGCAAGGAUAUUGUUCAUGGAAUCAAUAGGAAUGACAGUCCAAAGGGGAAGGACCUUUUGGUCUGACAUGGGUUGUUUGCCAAAUCGGAGCAUUGACUAGAUGGAAUGAGUAUAGUUGUAUUUUUGAACCAUUUCAUGAUCAAAUCUUGUUGUAAUCUUUCGGCAUGGCUUUUUGACUUUGCCCAUCCAAUUGUUGUAAAAUUGUUUUGGUUUUACAUUGGACUCAAGUAUUUUGCUCA